AAGUCGUCUUUAAGGUAUAGCCUGAGCCUCUUCCUCUGCUAAACCCUAAACCCAACACCAGACAGCACUUGCUAAGAAAAUGAUAAUCUUCAGUUUUCUCAUUCUUCUAAAAUCCAAAACCCUAACACUAAAACCAGUUCAAUCCUCAUUUCAAAAUCUCACCUUCACAAAACUAUUCUCUCAAUCAACCUCAAUCCCCAAAAAACAGCAACGAGUACGCGACCAUGGCUACGACAAUUACAUGGAAAUCGAGAAAAAAAUGCGCAAAGUCCUCAAAUUCCAAACCCUAAUCCUCUCCCAGCAAAAUCAAACUGUAACCGUCUCUCGCCUCGACACUCUCGCCCGCCGCAUUGGCUUUAAACAAUACGAAGCCAACGCAUUCGUACUCAAAUUCCCCCACAUUUUUGAAGUCUACGAGCAUCCCGUUCAACGCGUACUCUACUGUCGGCUAACUCGUAAAGCCCUAAUUCAAGCUCAGCAAGAGAAGGAAGCUUUAAUUCCGCAAAUAUCGGAAGCUGUGACCCGGUUGAGGAAGUUGGUUAUGAUGUCUAACUCGGGUCGGCUUCGGUUAGAGCAUGUGCGGAUUGCCAGGUCAGAAUUUGGUUUGCCUGAUGAUUUUGAGUACUCUGUAGUUCUUAACAAUCCGCAGUUUUUUAGAUUAGUUGAUGCUGAUGAAACUAGGAAUAAGUAUAUUGAGAUUGUUGAUAGAGACCCUAAAUUAGCUGUUUGUGCUAUAGAGAAAGUUAGGGAGAGGGAAUAUCGAGAGAAAGGAAUGGAUGCUGAGGAUAUUAGGUUCUCGUUUUUGAUUAAUUUUCCGCCCGGGUUUAAGAUUGGGAAGUAUUAUAGGAUUGCCGUGUGGAAAUGGCAACGGAUUCCGUAUUGGUCGCCUUAUGAGGAUGUUUUGGGGUAUGAUUUGAGGUCGAUUGAGGCUCAAAAGAGGAUGGAGAAGAGAGCCGUUGCGACUAUUCAUGAAUUGUUGUCUUUGACGGUCGAGAAGAAAAUUACUUUGGAGAGAAUUGCGCAUUUUAGAAUGGCGAUGAAUUUGCCUAAUAAGUUGAAGGAUUUUUUGCUUCAGCAUCAGGGGAUAUUUUAUGUGUCGACAAGAGGGAAUCACGGGAAGAUGCAUACGGUGUUUCUUCGGGAGGCGUACAAGAAAGGGGAAUUGGUGGAGCCUAAUGAUUUGUAUUUGGCUAGAAGGAAGUUGGGUGAGUUGGUGUUGGUUGGUCCCAGGAGAGCUAAAUUGGAUAGAGAGUUGUCAAGUUAUAGAAGAGAUGGGGGAGAUGAUGGGAUUGAAAGACUUGGAACUAAUUUAGAGAGAAAUAUUGAGGCUGGAAAGGACUGGAAAGAUGGGGAGGACGGUAAUGAUUUAAAUUUAGACUUGAGCAGCGAUGUUGAUUCUGAUUUUAGCGAAGAAGACGAUGAUGCUGUUGAUAUUCUCAAUGCAGAUGAUGCUUAUGUAACCAAGUGAUUGAGAUGUAGUUUAUUGUAAAGGUUAUUUUUUAGAUUCACUUGUUCAAUAACAGAGCUCUAGAACUGUCUUGUUAGCUGUUGAAAAAAUUGAAAGAUAAGCUUUAUGAUUCCAAGGAAACAAAGAGGUUCUUCAUGAAUC